UUCCUAGAGUUUACUUUAGAGACCUGUGAUUCAAAGGCAACGACGCUUUCAACAUGUGCAAAAUCCUAUUAUCUCGCUCAGAAAUGAAAUUAAUGAAUUGUCAUGUAACCACAAAUGUUCUGAAUGUGUUUCUCUUCUCUUUUGUAGCAGCAAAAUGCAUACUGAAAUAAUUUUCCUCAAGCUUCUUUUCAUAGGAUUGACGUCUGCAGCAGAUCUUCUGCAGAAUCCAGAUUUUGAAUCCCCACCAUCAAACUUGUCAGCAAAUUACUCAACCCCAUAUGUUCUUCUCAAUGAAGACAACACGAUUCCCGGAUGGAGCUUCGAAGGAACAGUCCAAUAUGUAACAGCCAGUCAAGAGGUGAAACUGCCUGAUAAUGGGCAUGCCAUUCAGCUGGGACAAGAUGGGAAGAUCAACCAGACUUUCAUUGCCACUGGUGAUAACAUGAACUAUCUACUGACAUUCAUACUGGCCCCAGGUGGCCAGAAUUGUUCGGUCAAUGCAGAUUUAGCAGUGUCGGCGCCUGAUAGUAGCGGAGUCUUCUCUCUGAAACAGCAUUAUGGGAAGGAGAGCUGGGAAAGCUAUGGUCACUACUUGGGCAGAUGGAAUCAGGGUGAGCCUAUCAACCUUGUGAUUGAAAGUUCAACUUCAGAAUCAGAUGUCAAUUCAACAUGUUGGCCUGUAAUUGAUAAACUGAUUCUCAAAACCGUCACAACACUUGUUCAAGCCACUGAUAACCUAGUGCUGAAUGGAGGUUUUGAAGUUGGCCCGGAUUUCCUGAGUAAUUCUACUGAGGGAAUCUUACUUGAAUCAGCACCAAGUCCUGUUCAGUCUGCAUUACCGCAGUGGGCAGUGAUAGGAACAGUCAAAUAUAUCAACUCCAAGCAAUUCUUUGUCCCUGAAGGCAACGCUGCAGUUGAGCUUGUCUCAGGAGUUUCAACUGGCAUACAAAUAGACAUAAUGCUCACUCAGGGUUCAUCAUACUAUAUGGAUUUUACAGUGGGGGACGCUGGAGAUGGAUGCGAUGGAAAGCUCACGGUAAUGGUUAAAGCAGGACCGGUUGCUCAAAAUAUUAGCAUUCAAAGUUCAGGUAAAGGGUCAGCCUUCAAUUACACGGUGCCGUUCAAAGCAGAUUCCGGUCCAAAUCCGAUCAGUUUUCUCAGUGGUAGCACAAACCAGACCAAAGAUGGUGUGUUGUGUGGGCCUAUAAUUGAUGAAGUAGUCUUGCGUGCCUCUCAUGGGCUGAAACUACAACUCAAGUUGGAGAUUUUAAUCUAUGUUUUAGUUCUGGCCGUAGUUCUCUGAUUAAGAAAUGAUGGUAUUACACGUUUUUUAAUCAGAGAACAAGAACUUUUAUCUUCUGCUAAGAUUAGUAGCCUCUUGUAAGCAUCAUUUGUUUAAUUCAGAAUUUUUAUCUUGCGCUUC